AUGGAUGAUGAGGACAUUCCGCUACCAACCCCUGAAGACUUCGAAGAGGAAGACAGCGAUCUUCUGGAAGUUGAGAUUAUCACUAGACAAGAAUUUGAGAACCACACACGCUACGCCGCUGGCAAUGAACUUCCCUUCAACCAUGAGAUCGCUCCCUAUGCGCCUCUUCUGGGCAAUGGUCGUCUCGAAGCAGGUGAAGACGUUGAACUGAUUGAUGGAGAUUUCCUUCGCGUCACUCACAUAGUGCGGGACAAAGCUCUGCCCCGUGCUGACCCUCUCGCGUAUAUCUUGCGUGGCAUUUUGCUGCGACGACAGCGGAGUCUAGAUAACAUGUUCUCUAGGACGACCAACGAGCUCGCAGCCAUCAUUCUGGUGCCGAUGGAUGACAAUCGCCCACAUUUUGUGUCUGGACUGGAGGACCGACCCCUCACUUCAUUUGUGUGUAUUCGGGAGAUUGUGUUCACCAACGCAAUCUUCCCACAAUUCUCUUUUCGAAAUCUUGAAGGAGCGGCGCGAAAAUUCUUUCGAAUGCCAUGCGGAGACGGCCCUCUUGCCAUGACGUAUUUGAAGAAGGACAAGGCAGUGGAAGAGGCCCGCCUCGUAUGCCGCAUGAAGGUAGUCAAGCGAUACAUUAUGGAUGGAAAGAGGGAGAAGUUGGUCUCGAACGCGUUUCGUCGUCUCUUGCCUGAUGAGGCCGACCCCAAAUAUAGAAAGUCCCCAGUCGAGCUGUUCCGGGAGUGGCGUGAAGGCUGGCGUGAGCAGACAGAUCGGCCAAAGGCUGCAGCCGCUUCGCGCAAGGCCUCCGAUCUAUCAAUUACUCCAGCCUCAUCGAGAAAGCGCAGCGCAGACGUGAUCAUCCUUGAUGACUCUGACGAUGACAGACUUUCGUCUGCGAAGCCACCCCAGACGCCAAUACUGAAGACAUACAGUCUGUUUGACUUUUUCUGUGGCAGUGGAGGCGUCUCGGAAGCGGCAAGACUUGCUGGCCUAAACGUGAAGUAUGCCAUUGACAACCAGAAAUGCGCAGUGCGCACACACCAGAAGAACCAUCGCCGAUGCACGACAAUGCAUAAUGAUGUUGCAGAUUUCAUCGCAAUGGUGAAGCCCGGUGCAAUCCAGGUCGACGUAAUCCACUCCUCGAAUCCAUGCCGAUACUGGUCCUUUAACCACACGAUCGCUGGAAAAGACGACGAGAUGAACGAGGCCAUUGCGUAUACAGCGGAGGAAGCUGGAAAGAAGUUUCGGCCUCGCAUUUUUACAUUCGAGCAAACACCAGGACUCUGUGGAAUUGAGAAGCAUCGCGCAAAUUGGCAGCUAUUCAUGCGUCAGCUCACUUCUGUCGGCUACGAUGUCGAGUGGCGUGUGAUUAGCUUUGCAGACUAUGGCAACCCUCAAGCUCGCAAGAGGCUGAUCAUUUUUGCAGCUUGUCCUGGCCAACAGCUUCCAGAAUUUCCCUGUCCAACUCACGGUAAGCCUGGCACAGGACUUCGCGGCUACAAGACCGUCAAUGAAACGAUUGGUAACAUGCCUCGUGGUAUUACAUUCCACAACCCAGAUGUCAUGCGCGAGAAACACCGCAACAAGCCAUACAACAUGCCUCCGGCUCCUGGCCACCUACCUUUGAGCCAUUUGGUAGAUAGAGCCGGACCGCACGCACUGCACCCGAACGGCAAGCGCCAGUUCACUCUUCGUGAGGUACUCCGUCUUCAAGGGUUUCCCGACACAUACCAGUAUGCGAGCGAUACGCCAGGAAAACCCAUCACGCACAGGCAGGGCUUGAAGAUGGCUGGCGAUGCUGUGCCACCAAAGGCCUUCAAGCCUUUCAUGGAAGAGUGCAAAAAAGCACUGGAGAAGACAGACAAGGCCAUCGCCGAGUACGUGCCACCACCACCGAUCGUCAUUGAUGAUUGAGCUCUUUGACGUCGAGAAUUGGGACAAUACGAUUGUCAGCAUGUGCUUACAGCAGAAUUGAAGAUCUGGCAUGGUAAAAGUCUUCCAUAGCUCUCAGCGACAUCACAGUAGGGUGUAGCGCGGAAUGCGCAUGUGCAGCACUCUGCUGGAAGGAUUAUCGUCGCGCUUGUGUAUGAAAGAUCAACAACAAGUCGCACGACAAGACCAAAGCAAGAGGGGUUGGCUCAUCCGGUGCUUUCUAGUACUAAUGGCAUGUUAGAUUUGUCUAUAGCGACUCAAUCACACAGACCUGAAAAGAAUCUUGCCGGCGUGCUUCUCAGCACGCCAGUCUUGGCUUGAGAUAAAUCUUCGACCCCUCGGGGUGGUGUCAGCUAAUAGUCCAGCAAUUUUCAUGCAUCAUGUUUCUUCUGAUGCACCACGGGACCGUGUCCUCUCUCACCCAUCAUCCUGGGCUUCUCAGCAGGUAGCGGAUCGCCACCAUUUGCCACAGUCUCUUGCAAGCCAAAAGAUCCAAACACCUCCUCCUCCUCCUCCUCCUUCUCCGGACC